ACUUCAGGGCCAUGUUUACAAGUGACAUGGCGGAAAGUCGUCAAAAGACGGUUGUUUUACAGGGUGUAGAUGCUGGCAUGUUAGGAGAGAUCCUGAGUUACAUCUACUCGGGAACCCUCUGUGUGUCAAUGGACAAAGUGCAGCCCCUGUACCAGGCAGCCGACCUCCUCCAACUGGACUAUGUGAGAGACACCUGCAGCAGCUACAUGGCCAUGAACGUGGAGCGCUCCACCUGUGUUGACCUAUACAAGUUUGCAGAUGUCUUCUCUGUAAACCAUAUCAUGACGCUUUGUCUGCAGCUGAUCCAUAGAAGCUUUGUUGAGGUUGCCGCUAGCGAGGAAUUCUGCAGCCUGAGUGUGAAUCAGCUGACCGACAUAAUCAGCCAUGAUGAGCUGGAUGUUAAAGAGGAGACAACAGUGUGGGAGGCUGUGGUGAGAUGGGUGCAGCACAGCAGGGAGGACAGACUGCACCACCUACCCAGCAUCCUCCCUCACAUCCGCUUCAACCUGCUGACCUCAGACGAUACGACAGCCAUCUUUGAACAUCCUCUGGUCAAGGAGAAUCCUGGGAGUUCUGAGGUCAUCCAAAAUGUGGUACAGAAAGGGAACCUCAACCUGAAGCCGAGGCUUGGGAUGACCACGGAAAUGGCGCUACUGUACAAUACGGCCGGAGAUUCCAAUGAGCUCCUCUUCAUCAACCCUCAGGAAGGGAAGUACAUCAGCUGCAGUUACAAGCCUGAAGACCUUCCUGAUUUCACAGCCAUCACAGUCACCAGUGAUAACAACAUCUACAUCCUUAACACUAAAGGAUCAGAGGAUAAGAAUCAGUUCUCCUUGUUUAAGUACAGCCAUGCAAAGAACCUGUGGGAACAAGCAAGUGUACCCUCGAUAUCUAAGGGCCCAGAAGACGACAUCUAUGAGGAACACCUUUUUGAAGUUGAUGGGACUUUAUAUUACCUUGCUGUUUAUGACGGUCGGUCUUUGCAGCAGAUGAGAAAGUUCAACCCACACACAAACCUGUGGCAAGAGUGUUCACCGCUGCAACUUGACAUAACUUUUGACGCCGCAGCAGCAUUAUCCUGUGGUUCACACAUCUAUUUUAUCACAAACAAGGAAAUGCAUCGCUAUGAACCAAGGGAGGAUCGGUGGACCAAGCGGACCCCACCUGGGAUCAUUCCUUAUGUCUGUACAGCUGUUGCCAUGGGAACAGAGAUUUUCUGUACACAUUUCCCUUUCAAUAACACGAUGGUGUACGACACAGAGUCAGACCGCUGGCAGAAACUGCAAGGCUUGGAGAACCCAGAAAACCUUUAUGUUGCCCGUUUUCCUAUUAUUUUCGUGCUGGAGAACCAGCUGCACAUAUUGUUAACCUGUAUUAGUGACCUCCAUGACGACAUGGUAUAUCUGGUAUAUGUGUAUGACAGGUCUGCUGAUGUCUGGAAAGAGCUGAAGGCAAAUCUCCCUAUUAAUGAGGAGUAUCAUGCAUUUGGUUCUUAUUCCCCUGUGGCACGUAUAUACCUACCAUAUCUUAAGAGCACAUAAAAAAGACAUCAAUUCAUACGCUAUUCAGUGUUAAUGUGCAGGAUAGGAAAAUUUUGAGUUUUGGUAAGGACUGAAUAGUGACAUUCUGGUUAGAUCUUGGCUUUUACUUAAUGUUCUAUAGUGUAAUAGAUGUACCAGGUUUUAUGAUUUAGUAGAAGUAAUAAGAUUUACAGAAAUGCUUCAUUCUUUCUUAUUGAUAGUGGCAUUUUUCUAUAAGAUACUGAACUGAGUUUCUGUGUCUUAAAGUUUAACAGGAGUAAUUACAAGAUACCAUUACCCUGAGUGCCUUUCAAGUCAGUAUCCUAAGCCAUUCAUAAUAUAUUUGGUGAGUGGUGGUGGUAUGGGUAUGGGAGCCCUAGUCAAGUAACUACAAGUAGGAUGGCACACAGGUAAAGAUACCAUGCCCUUUAGAAACUUUACCAUCAUUCAACAUAUGAUUCCACUUUAUGUUACAUACAUAAUUUUAUGCGACGUGUGUAACAUUGUAUUUGUUAUUCAACUUAUAUGUUUGCUCACAAAGCCAUUGCCAAGAUACGCACAUUAUAUUCAAUCCGCAUCUUUUUGCAUCAUUUUAUAAUAAAUGUUUACUGAUUGAAAGAAAGAGCCAUGAUUUUGUUAGGUAGUGUUAUGUUUGCACUUUAAAGAAGUGAAUAGAUAAACCAUGUAUGGUUUGUGCCGUGAUGCCUUCUAUCAAAACAUGCUUCGUUACUUCUGAAAAUAAUUUCACUAGGAGGGUAGAAUAUAAGAUAUUAGAGAUUUUUUUCGCAUCUUUGUUUUAUCAGUUUUCCCGCCUCUAAGAGGCCUUCUUGAUAUGAAAUAAAAUCACAAUAUCACCCC